AUGGAAGGAAUGUUCCUUAGUCACGCAGUACCACAAGGACAGACGGUCACAGCAGCAUACUAUUCAAAGGUCAUCAAACGAGACUUGAUGCAUGCGUUACGAAAGAAACGACCACACAUUGCAGCUGAAUAUAUUAUAUUUCAUCAGGACAAUGCACCAGCCCAUCGUGCCGAAUCAACCACCCUUGAAAUAGAUAUUCUGGGGUUUGAACGGCUGAUUCAUCCUCCUUAUAGUCCGGACCUCGCACCCAUGGAUUUCAGUGUUUUCCCUGCCUUAAAGUCUGAAUUGCGCGGUCACAAAUUUGACAAUCUUGAUCAGUUGCGAUACGCCAUGAGAACUAUACUUUCCAAGAAGUCAUGUGAUUGGUACAGAGGUAUCUAUAACACUUGGGUCCAGAGACACACGAAAUGUAUAGAGAAAAACGGCGAGUACUUUGAAAAAGUUUAA